CAAAGCUAGGAAUUUUAGAUUUGAAUAUAAAUACAUACAUAAUUCUUAACAAUUAAUUUCCAUUCAAAGGAACACGUAAAAAUAUACAGAAUAUAUAAACCAGGGAUCUCUGAUAAAACUAUUUGGAAUAAGUGAUAGUUAGAAUACAUUUCAAAAUAUUGUUAAUUUUUUGCUUUAUGCUUAUUUACACUAUUGUUGUACAUGAACACAUAUAAAAGUUCCUAAUCAGUUUUGUUUACUUAAUAUACUUAAAUAUGAGUAUUACUCCUAAUGCCAACCCCGCUGCAAUAUUUGAUAAUGAUAAUGACGAAGAAAUUAUUAACUGGGAGGAGGAAGCAGCUGCAAUUAUAAAAGACGUUAAUCCACAUGUUGCGUUAAUAGAAAUAUCCCAACAAACACCUAGCAAUGUGAGUAAAGUGUACCUGAAUGUGCGCACUAUUGAGGGACAAGAGUACUGCGUACAAGUAUCGAGCAUUGGAUUUCGCGUGGUUGGUAAUGCAUUUAAUUCAAUUGACCCCGGGAAGGAGGAAAUAAAUGAAGAGGAGGAUGCGGUUUAUGAGACACCAUAUGCUCUAUUGGACAAAAUCAGCCCAAGUUAUGUGGAAUCCUUUGGUAAUCAGCUUUGCAAACAAUUAUUAUCGGUGCAACAGAUGCGAACACAAUUCAACGAAGAAGAUGAAGAGGGGGUGGAAGACGAAGACACUACUGGCAACGCAAAGACAUCAUAGGUGGCUUUGUAGUAUGUUUUUACACAUUGCAUUGAAAAAAAGCUAAAAGUGAUCAUUCAACAAAAGAAAAAAAAACGAUAGCUAAAUAAUACAAAUUAGUAGUUAAGCCUUUUUUAAUUUAAUAUUUAAUUUAUGAAUUCCAUGAAGGUGUGUUUGACUAUAGUAAUAACGCCCGCAUUGCUUUUAAGUAAUCAUAAGUGCUUUUUGCAAACACUUAUGUUGAUUAAAUAAUGUUGAAUGUAUACAUGAUUAAUAUAUGCUUAAAAUUUUAAACGUUUCAAGAAUAAAGAUUGUGACUGUAA